AUGUACCCCGCGGCCUGCAGUAGCGGCCAUGGCCUCGUCGUGCGCGCCUGGACGCGGCGUCAGGCCUUCUCGCAUCAAGCUCUUCGACGCUGGGAAGAGGUGUACAGUGGUCAACGGGCAGCCCGGGCAACGCCAUGUCCGCCCGAGCGUCUGCAGCUGAACGGCCGGUCGUACCUCGUGCCCACACUGACUCUAUCGAAAGGGACCGGCAAAGACGCGAAGCCCCUGCAGCCGCUUUUCCACGCGACAGCAAAGCAAAAGCGACCGACGCCAAUCGUAUUGGACUUGCACCGAGUCUCGAGUGACGGCUCACCGCACUCGCAAUCGAUCAAGCGACAGGAGCUGAAACACCACAUGUUGCAACUGCAGGAAGCUGGAUAUGUCCCGGUGGGCAUUACAAACGCUAGCGAUGACGUCAAGCAGAUAGCAGCAGCUCUGGAACUGCCCUGCUUCAUUAGCACGAGGCUUCAUCCGGAGCAGCCGCGAGACGCUGUGGAAGCAGAUACAGAAGAACCGGUGACGCCGGACGAAGUGGCGACAGCUCUUGAUGCGACAAGGCCGUUCGGUGAAGACGAGCAGACGACAUCGUUGGAGUCGACACCGCCGGCAAGUGAACGGCUUCCGCCAAUGAUCGUGACCCACUUGGUGCGCUCGGGUCAGCAAAUUUACGCGCAAAACAGGUCACUCGUUGUGCUGGGCAACGUGAGCUCUGGUGCCGAGGUGAUGGCGGACGAGGAUGUGGUCAUUCUGGGCGCGUUGAAGGGCCGCGCGCUCGCUGGCAUUGGUGGCAACGUCCGAGCGACGAUCGUGUGCCAGAGUUUCGACGCCGAGCUCGUCUCCAUCGCGCAUUGCUUCACGACGUGUGACGACUUGGAGCAGAAUGGCACUGCACUGUUGCAGCUGCACAAACCGACGGUGGUCUUGCUGAGGAAUGACCGGCUGUUGUUCGAGUCGUCGCUGGCGUAA